GGGCCCCGCGCGCUGGCGCCGGGCGGGGCCGUGGCGCCCGCGGCCUGUGAGCGCCCGGAAGGGCCGAGCCUGCGCGCUCCUGGCGGCCGCGGGCUGGCGGCGGGGGCGCGGCGGGAGGGGCUUCGAGCGGGCCGGCUUUUCGUUUCCGUGUUCCUCCUUUUCUCAGGCUCAUCCCCAGACCGGAAGGUGCGGGGCCGAGCGACGCACAGACCCACCCGCUCUGACCCCCUGGUGUUUGGCCGCGAGGGCGCCCCUUCCUCUCCGGACCCCGCCCAUCAGAGCGGUUUCAGGGUGCGCCUGUAGGGACGUAGCUCCCCCAGAUCCUUGACUCAGUGACGCAGAGCCUUUCAGGGCUGGCUGCAGGCCAAACCCCAGCCUCCCGAUGCAGCCUGAAUCCAGCCAGUGUGAAGAGGAGACCCCUUCCCUCUUGUGGGGUUUGGAUCCUGUGUUUCUAGCCUUUGCAAAACUCUACAUCGGGGAUAUCCUGGACUUGAAGGAGUCCCGCCAGAUACCAGGUGUAUUUUUUUACAAUGGGCACCCAAUAAAGCAGGUAGAGAUCCUGGGAACUGUAAUUGGAAGGAAAGAAAAAGAUGCUUUCUACAGUUACGGAGUAGAUGACAGCACUGGAGUUAUAAAUUGCAUCUGCUGGAAAAAGUCGAACAAUACCGAGUCUUCAUCAGCAACUACAGCUGCUGCAGCUCUAGGGGAGCUGAACUUAACCUCACAGCUUAAGAAGCUGCAAGACACCAUUGAGCAGAAGACAAAGAUAGAAAUUGGGGACAUUAUCCAGAUCAGAGGUUAUGUCCACAUGUACAGAGAGGAACGAGAGAUUCGUGUCACCACUUAUUAUAAAGUAGAAGAUCCUGUGUGUAACAUUCAAAUCGCGAGGAUGCUUGAGCUGCCCAGUAUCUACAGGAAAGUUUAUGACCAGCCUUUCUGCAGUCCAGCCCUAGAGCAAGAAAGCAGCGAUCCAGGUACCCUGGACCUUGCCAAUCUCACGUGUUUGCUGAGUGAAAGAGCCAAAGAAUUCCUCGUGGAGAACAAAGUGCAAACCUUUUACCAGCAGGAAUUGGAAAUUGUGGAAUCUCUGCUGUCCCUUGCCAAUCAGCCUGUGAUUCACAGCGCCGGCUCUGAGCAGGGGGAUUCUAAGAAGGACACCACUUCCAAGGCAAUUCAUAGUAUAUUUAAGAAUGCAAUACAGCUGCUUCAGGAAAAAGGAUUUGUUUUCCAGAAAGAUGAUGGUUUUGAUAAGCUAUACUAUGUAACCAGAGAAGACAAAGAACUGCACAGAAAGAUCCACCAUAUCAUUCAAGAAGACUGCCAGAAACCAAAUCUGUGCCAGGACACUGGCCGAGAGAAAGCCAAGUGGAAAGAAGUCUAUUCAGUGAUGAGGAACCCAAGAUGUGGUGCCAACGAUUGAAACCAAGCAAACUUGUAAUUUUCCGUCGGGGAAAGCGUCCACACUUUCUUAAUAGUGUGGUUUCCCCUCUACAAGUGGCCGCUACAGCAGUUCCCCAGAGAAGCAUCUCAUUGUUUCCUGACUAGAUUAAUGUGAAGCAUAUGGGCAGACUCCGAAUGACCGGGAUGAGGCUUGCUUGGGAAGCCAGCAGCAGGCGCCGGGAGGAGAGUGGGACCAUCCCAAAGGGAAACGGUGCCCAUGGAUGAAGAACCUUGCAAUCGAGUUCAUAUUCGCAUGACAGUCUCCUCUAAAUGCAAGCCUGAACUCCCACACAAGUGAGUUUUUAUAUAGUGCAGGAUUUAGUUUUAAAUACAGCCUAUUUUUAUUGAACUCCUAUUAAAUAAACCCAGACAGAUAAGUCACAGCACAAGGCUGUGUUCACAAGAACUCUAAAUCAGACCCCAAAUUCCUGAAGAGACCGAAGUCUUUCCGUGUGUGUCAAAUUAAAGUGCUAGGUUUUCAUCUUGGGACAUAAAGAGAGGAAUUUUGAAGACCACAUAAUAGCUUUUUCUUUUAGAUAGUAAAGUAGCAUGUCAUUAACUCAGACUGAUUUGGUGAAAGGUUUAUGUAAAUUAGUGAAAAAUCUGGAAAUAGUGCUAUGUUAUUACUUUAAGUCUAUGCAGUGUUCCGUGUGACAUCUGAAUUACUAUGAGGGAACAGGAUGGCUGCUCUUAGAAAACCUGUUUUAAUGAAUAAGAAUUAUUUUAAUUAUGUAUCAUUUAAUUAUUAUGUGGUAUGUGCUGUUCAAUAUUAAUAGGUGAUUUUAAAGUACUUGAGCUUUGAGAACAUGUCCACACAAAAAAUUCUAUGUCACUGUUGACAACACUCAUUCCUAAUAACCAAAAAGUGAAAACAACCCAAAUGUCCAUGAAGGGAUGAAUAGAUAAGCAAAUGUGCAUCCAUACGAUGGAAUAUUGUUCAGCCACACAAAGGAAUGGAAUACUGAUACAUACUCCACGGAUGAACCUUGAAAACGUUAUGCUAAGUGAAAGAUGCCAGAUACAAGAGGCCACAUACUGUAUGAUUCCAUUUAUAUGGAGUGUCUAGAAUAGGCACAGCCAUAGAGAAAAAAAUAGAUAGUGGUUGCCAGGGCAUGAGGGAAGGAGGGGAUUGGAUAGGACAGGGUUUCCUUUUGGGCUGAUGGAAUUGUUCUGGAAUUAGUGGUGAUGUUUGCACAACUGCGAAUAUACUCCAAACCCCUGAACUGUGAGCUGGCUUGGGGUUCCUGGUGGAAUGGUGCCUGAGUUCCAAGGGCAGGCAUCCCAAGAGAGAGCACAACCUUCACAACCUUCACGGAAGCCGUAUGGCCAUUCUGAGCAUAGCCCCAGAAGCCGCAGUGUCACUCCCAUGGUGUUCUUAUUGCCAAAGCUGUCAAAGGCCCACCCAGUUUCCAGAGGAGUGAAUAAGCCACCUCCUGAUGGGGAGUAACAAGAUUCUAGAAGGGCAUGUAAAACCAGGAAUAUUGUCCUGGGCAUUUUUGGAAAGCACAAUCUCUCACAGACACGUUUCAGCUUUUAUACACAUAUAGCCUCAUUCAUUUUUUUUAAGAUUUUAUUUCUUUGACAGUGAGAGAGAGCACAAGCAGGGGGCGCGGCAGGCAGAGGGAGGGGGAGAAGCAGACUCCCCGCUGAGCAGGGAGUCUGAUGCGGGGCUCCAUCCCAGGACUCCGGGAUCAUGACCUGAGCCGAAGGCAAGAUGCCUAACCAACUGAGCCACCCAGGAGCCCCUAGCCUCAUUCUUUAAAAAAAAACAAGAAAAAAAAAUUUUUUUUUUUUUUGCUUAUCAGUAAGUACAAAGAAUGGGGGGAAAUGGUCUACCACUUCCCAGGUAGUCUCUUUUUUUUUAGAUUAUAUGCAUAUUUUUAGAAAAAUAACCAUGUUAAUAUUUUGCUUAUCUUUCCAGAAAAAAAUAUAUCAGCAUUUUAUAUGUAUCCUGGUUUUUCUAUUUAUUUCUGUAUAUUCAAGGUUUCUUUCUACUUUAGCGUGCAAGAUUGACCACAUUCUUUUAUUUAUUUUUCAGUUGUAAAAAAAAAAAUCAGUUGCAUUUCUGUAUACUAACAAGCUGUUUUAAAAUGCAGCUAAGAAAACAAACUCAUUUAAAAUAGCAUCAGAAACAAUAAAAUACGUAGGAAUAAAUUUAAACAGGAAGGUAAAAGAUCUGUACACUGAAAUGUAUAAGACAUGGAUCAAAGGAAUUCGAGUGGGCACAAAGAAAUGGAAAGAUAUUCCAUGUUCAGGGAUUAGAAGCAUUAAUACUGUUAAAAUGCCUCUACCACCCAAAGCAAUCUUUAUCAAAAUUCCAAUGACCUGCUUUACAGAAAUAGAAAAACCAAUCAUAAAAUUUGUAUGGGACCACAAAAGACCCCAGACAGCCAAAGCAGUCUUGAAAAAGAAGAACAAAGUCACAGGCAUCACAUUUCCUGAUUUUAACCUGCAAGUGGCCCUUGAACAACACAGAGGUUAGGGGUCCUAAUGCCCCGUGCAGUCAAAAUUCAGGUGGAAGUUCGGGCUCCCCCGAAAUGUAACUACUAAUAGCCUACUGUUGACUGGAAGCCCUACCAAUAACAUAAAGUCAAUUAACACAUAUGUUGUGUGUUAUAUAUAUUAUAUAUGGUAUUCUUUUUUUUAAUUUUCAUUUUUAAUUUUCAUUUUUUAAAGAUUUUAUUUAUUUAUUUGAGAGAAUG